CUCUCUCCCUCUCUCUCUCUCUGUGUGCCUCUCUGUGUGUCUUCUUUCGACCGCCAUGCCGCCAAAAGGAAAGAGAAACGACCUAAGAGCCUGCUUAGUCUGCUCUAUACUCCAGACUGCAAAUGGAUUCCUAACGCAAGGAUGCCCAAAUUGCGAAGAUAUCCUAGAAAUGCGAGGAAGUGCAGAUCGCGUAGCGGAAUGUACGAGUAUACAAUACGAUGGGAUGAUAGCUAUGAUUGAACCGGAGGAAAGCUGGGUCGCGAGAUGGCAACGUAUAGACAAACGAGCGAGGGGAUUAUACGCCGUUCGAGUGACUGGACGACCACCACCAGACGUCAUUGACGCGAUAGAAUCAAGAGGAGGAGUCUACAGACCCAGAGACGCUGUGGAUGAUAAUUGAAGCAGGCUUGACCACGACACGAACCAACCCUUGUUGUAUGCAUCACUACGCGCUCG